GUUUUCGUUUUUUUUUUUUUUUUUUUUUUACAACCGAAACCGUAAUCGGACUUUCGAAAUCGGUUAAAAUUUUCCAAUCAUUUCUUCCGGUUCCGGUACUCCAGAUUGCGCUAUUUUUUCCAAUAUCAUUUCUACUUUUUUCAAGUUUCGCUGUUGGAGUAAAGUUGGACUCAAAAGAACAUUCAGUUAAAUCAAAGAAACAUCAAACAUGGCAUCGAGGAAACGCUCCAAAGUAUGGGAGUACUUUGCAAGAAGUAAAGAAUCGAAAGAUGAAAGUGAGUGCAAGAUAUGUAAGAAGCUUAUCAAGUGUGGAGGGGGAUCGACGUCCUCCAUGGCUGCUCAUGUCGAGAAGGUACACGGCUUGAAGUUGUGUGAUGAUAAAGACUCAAAAGUUGCAAGAGUUGAGGGUGCGUGUAGUACUGAUAAAUAUCUACUGAAAAAAUCAAUGAUCGAAGAAGUCUCAAAGUUAGCAGCUGUGGACGGCUUGUCCUUGAAUGCAAUUGCUAAUUCUGAAUUUAUUCAGAGAAAUCUUCGAGCUCAAAAACAUCAUUAUGACAAACCUCCCCCCUCAUGUGGAAACACUGUUAAGGCGAUGCUGUAUUCAUUCUUUCAAACCAAAAAAAAAGAACUCACGAAAUAUUUCAAUAACAAAACACAAAACGGUCAUAGGUAUUCCAUCACGCUGGAUGAGUACACCGCAAUUCAAAACAAGCGUCUUAUGAAUAUUAACGUUCAUUCCAAGGACGAACAUUGGUCCUUAGGAUUAGUCCAGAUAGACGGAUCCCUUGACGCUAACAAAGCCGCCCAGACUGUUGGGAAACACUUGUCAGACUUUGGACUCGACAUCCAGAAGGACAUCGUGGGCUGCACCACGGACGGUGCAGCUGUCAUGGUCAAGUUUGGACGUGAGGUUACCCCCGACCAUCAACAAUGCAUUGCCCAUUGUAUGCACCUUGCUGUUUGCAAUGUUUUGUACAAAGUAAAUGAACACGAACCCAGACUUCUACAACCCAACGACCCCGAGUGUGAUAGCCCUGAUUCCGAAUCUGAGGGGAAUGCUGAUGAGGAGUCUGAGGGGGAGGGCGAUUCAGAAGUUGUGGAGAUGUACAUGCCGUUGGUAUCUGAGUACAGAGCCACCAUUGACAAGAAUCUGUGUCUCAAGAGGAGUGGGAUAUUCUGCAAACCAUUGUAGACACUCUACGGCCAGUUGAAAUGAUUUUGAAAGCCAUCAGUGCCGAUGACAUGGACUUACUUCAAGCAGAAACCUCAAUGGUUUUCCUGUUAGAAAAACUGGACGGAUUGAAAAACCCCCUCUCUAUACAGAUUCAUGCCCAAUUGCUUGAACGGUACAAAUGCCGGCGUCAGACCGAGGCGGUUGCGCUACUCCGGUAUUUACACAACCCCACCGUCGCAAAAACGGAUCCAGUCUUUAGAACCCCGGUCUCGACGCAGAACUUGAAGAGAUGUGCCGAGGCCCUGUACAGGAGGCUGUUUCCUCAAGUACUUGACUCCGACGCAGAGGGCCCCGCAUCUCAGGAGGACACAGCCGCUGUUAGCGCCGAUUCUGCAGUGAAGGAAGAGUCACCUGUGUCAUAUUCCAGGUUGUUGCAGGAAUAUACGGCUGCCUUGCAACAGAUGAAGACCCAGGCUUCCCAGCCAAAACGUGACACCAAAGUGGACAUGUCCAAAGAAUUCAAGGCUUACGAGUCCAGUUUGACCAGAAGUCCUACCCUGGAAUGUCUCUUUAAUGCCUUGUUAACGUUUAAGCCGACCAGCGUGCCGUCCGAACGGGCCUUUUCAAUCGCAGGACAGUGUGCCACAAAAUCAAGAGCAAGACUGUCAGGGAAAACCUUACACGUUAUGUGCUUUCUUAAAGACUACUUUAAGAAAUCCAGCAAGCCUUAAAUAGCUCAUUUUGUUUGUUAACUGUUCUGUGUUGAGUAAUCCGUAUGAAAAUUUUCAGAACUUAAUCUACCAUACGUUACAAUUUUUCAACUGACUUUGUUUUGUCAAACGUUUUAAUUUUUCUACCGUGUAUAUUCUUCCUAUACGGCGCUACCCCCACCUCAUGAGACAUGCCGAGGAGGGCAAUGGUGAUCGGUUAGUGUGCUACUGUAACAUGCAAAAUAUUUUGUAUUCGCAGUAUAUACAAAUGUUCUAAAUGUA